GAAGACGGGUUGAAGUGAGGUGGGGAUGAGAAAUCAUCAUUUAGUUAGCUCGCUGCUGUCUGAAGCCGACUGCCGAGGUGUUAUGAGAGUUAACGUUAAUAGUCGAAAUCAGUAGAUUAUUUUACUUUUGGUAGGUGCAACGAUGACCCUCUGACACCAAGAAUGGACAUAAGUUAACAAUGACGGGGGAGAAAAAGAAGAAAAAGCGGCUGAACCGCAGCAUUCUUCUUGCAAAGAAAAUUAUAAUAAAAGAUGGAGGAAGUCCUCAGGGAAUCGGUGAGCCCAGUGUUUACCAUGCUGUGGUGGUCAUCUUCCUGGAGUUUUUUGCAUGGGGUCUCCUUACCACCCCGAUGCUUACGGUAUUACACCAGACAUUCCCCCAACAUACAUUCCUGAUGAAUGGGCUUAUCCAUGGUGUCAAGGGCCUAUUAUCAUUUCUGAGUGCGCCGCUGAUUGGAGCGUUGUCAGACGUAUGGGGACGCAAGUCCUUCUUGCUGCUUACAGUCUUCUUCACAUGCGCGCCCAUUCCACUGAUGAAGAUCAGCCCAUGGUGGUACUUUGCAGUCAUCUCCAUGUCCGGCGUCUUUGCCGUCACCUUCUCUGUGAUCUUUGCCUAUGUGGCGGAUAUCACGCAGGAGCAUGAGAGGAGCACAGCAUACGGUUUGGUAUCAGCUACCUUUGCGGCCAGCCUGGUCACCAGCCCGGCCAUCGGAGCCUACUUGUCUGUGGCCUAUGGUGACACGUUGGUGGUGAUUCUGGCCACAGCUAUUGCCCUGCUCGACAUCUGCUUCAUCCUGGUGGCCGUACCGGAGUCACUUCCAGAGAAGAUGAGGCCAGCAUCAUGGGGAGCACCCAUCUCCUGGGAACAGGCAGACCCCUUCGCUUCUCUGCGUAAGGUGGGCCAGGACUCCACGGUGCUCCUCAUCUGCAUCACAGUGUUUCUCUCCUACCUCCCCGAGGCCGGCCAGUACUCCAGUUUCUUCCUCUAUCUCAGACAGGUCAUAGGCUUCUCGUCAGAGACAGUAGCUGCCUUUAUCGCUGUUGUGGGGAUCCUCUCAAUACUAGCUCAGACAGUGGUGUUGGGGAUCCUGAUGCGUUCCAUAGGAAAUAAGAACACAAUCCUGCUCGGCCUCGGCUUCCAGAUCCUCCAGUUGGCGUGGUACGGCUUCGGCUCUCAGCCCUGGAUGAUGUGGGCUGCUGGAGCUGUUGCAGCCAUGUCCAGCAUCACUUUCCCUGCUAUCAGCGCCAUUGUGUCCCGUAACGCAGACCCCGACCAACAAGGUGUUGUCCAGGGGAUGAUUACUGGAAUUCGGGGCCUCUGUAACGGUUUGGGCCCUGCUCUAUACGGUUUUGUCUUCUACUUGUUUCACGUGGAGCUGACCGACACGGAUGGCUCUGAGAAAGGUGCCAAACCCAACAUGGCCAACCCCACUGAUGAGAGUGCCAUCAUCCCAGGUCCUCCCUUCCUGUUUGGUGCAUGCUCAGUGCUGCUGUCUCUGCUGGUGGCCCUGUUUAUCCCGGAGCACACGGGGCCCGGCAUGAGGCCCGGCGCCUAUAAGAAGCACAGCAACGGAGCACAGAGUCAUUCCCACAGCCCUCAAGGCAGCGGGGCCGAGGGCAAGGAGCCGCUGCUGGAGGACAGCAGUGUAUAACCUCAGCUGAGGGGGGCAGAAACCCUCGCUCCAACCCAACACCCUCCCGCACACAUGGACAGAUACACACACAUUUUACCACAUGGACACACUCUCACCUCAGGCACACAUCAGACUCAAGUGCCACAGAGAGGUGUUUGUGUCCACAGCACAAAAGUGGGCACUCCUUCCUUAGCGGCCCUUUUCUUUUUUUUAAAGCAGGGUAUUGUGAGGACUCUCUACAGACCCUGUAUAAAGAGAGUGUGUUGAGUAUUUUUUUGGGCUGCAGUGGAAAGAUGUGUGUGUCACGGCGGCUGAGCUGGACUCUAAUCCUUGGUUUCUAUAAAGCAGUGACAGAGUGGAGUAUACAACAGCUUGCCCCCCUCCUGGUAUAAAACAGAAGUGAUUUGGUUUAGAGUGUGAGUGGGGCAUAUCUCAAAUGUUACUAAAUCCCUGUGUGAUUCUUCAUAUUCCUCUGUAGCCUGUGAAGUGGCAACUUUGUCUGUUUGUCCAACGAGAGUUUAACAUUUAGUUGAGCACUUGUUUAAUGGUUUUUCACAAGCUAACAUCUGUUCUGAUGCUUGUCGUUGUGACUACAGCUCUGUUAAAGCAUCCAAGAAGGGAACACAUUUCUUCCUCUGUAUGCUCAGCAGGGAAGCACAGCAACUGUAUACCUGUGAGGGGAGUCUCUGCAGAUGAGUGCUUGUGAGGCGCUGCCUAAUCUAGAUUAGGAUGGGUCAAGCAGUUCAGAUAUAAAAAGCUUCGUAAAACCACACUUUGUUUAAACAUCACAUUUCUUACAGAGAGAAGUGUGCGAGAGAGACCACUUUAUUAGCUGAAACUGUUUUUCAAUGUUUACUUGCCAUUCUCUAGAUAAGUAGUACAGUUUGGGUUGUAUAUUUUUCUGUUCAAACUGAAAGCUAGUUGUGCUUCAAGUUCUUAUCCAUGAAACAAAUGUUGCCUCAAGUGACUUUAUAUAUAUAUAUAUAUAUAUAUAUAUAUAUAUAUAUAUAUAUAUAUAUUAUAUAUAUAUAUAUAUAUAUAUAUAUAUAUAUAUAUAUAUAUAUAUAUAUAUAUAUAUAUAUAUAUAUAUAUGUAUGAAGAAGACCGAGGUCUGAGAAGGCUCUGUAAUCUUAUGCUAUCGCUCCCAUCGGAGCUGUUAAACACUUUUUAUUCCAUUUUUGUUUUCAUGCCCUUCUUGUUACUUUAUUUCCUGACAUUUAUCACCAUCAGGGUUAAGGCUUACAGAACCAUGGUUUUAUUUUAAGUCCCUGGACCAUUUGGAGCUAGAGUUGCUAUCAGCAUGUCAGUGUUGGCACUGACUGUUAAUACGGAGUCUUUGAAUUAAUAUCAUUAGGUUAAACAGAAUAUCACUUGUGCUGCUGCAGUAGAUAAUUCAAAGGUUAAGUGUGAUGUAAUGUGGUGGAUAAAGAUUUCUUCAGUGGUAAUUGGAUAUGAACGAUGAAAUGAUUUCACAGAAUCCUUGACAUAUAAGCCUCCAUACAAACGGUUAUUAACAGGCACUGCACAUUUCUCAAACAAUAACUAACAACAGAUGGUAGAAAUUUUACAUGUGAAGCAUCUCAUGGAACUGGUUUGUGACUCUCAAACUCACAUUUAACAGGCUUCAUAUUCUCCACAAGGGGGAGCCUUUUGGUCAUUGUCAGACCAGCACUAUACGGGCCAACCUGCGCCACCUAUGGGGGAAAAAAAGUAGUUGCAACAAUAGUUCAGACUUGUAGAUGAAAAAAUUUCGCCCCCUACAGGCAUAGAAGGUAUAAGCUGUUCCAAUUUUAGCAAAUGUUACACCUGCAGAUUUUUCUUUUUAAAAGCUGAUGUAUUUGAGUGUUUUUAAGGUUUUACAUUUUCCACAAACACCUGUUAGUUACAAUGAAGUACAAAUAUAUCAUCAUUAAGUACCACUCAAGGUUCAAGAUUAAAUGUAUUCAUUCAUAAAAACAUGGAAACAACUGUGCUCCUAUCCUUAUCAACCAAUGCUGGUUACCAGAACAUAGAAAAUAAAUAAAAUAAAACCAUAGAUAAAAACAACAUUAUAUACUUUUUUUAACAGUUUAAAAGCAUAAACUGGGAUUAAAAUUUUGUUUUCGUCCUCCCUUCCAGUGGAUAUUAAAUCUUCAAAUAUAAAUCUAGUUAACCAGUAACCAAGUAACCAGGAGGACAGUGCUUGAGCUCAGAGGUUACAUGAUGACAUUGAGAGCAUUGUGAACUCUGUAUUUGCCCCAGCAUUCAUUAGUAAAUAUGAUCCAGUUAACAAAUUAAAUGUAACAAAAUGUAAAACCUCAAAUAUGCACACUUACCUGAAUCUAUUAUUUUUCUUGCCUGUAGAUGGUGCACAUCAGCAUGUCUAUCUGCGGGUCUAAACUGUUGCUGUUACUUUUCUUGCCAGUAGGUGCCGGAGGUUGAACUGCAGGUGUGAAACUGCUGGUGCUGAAGCUCCUUAAUUGGAUAAUAUUGGUUGCACCUGGUUUUGGUGCUUCACAUCAGUGACACAGUGUUCCCUUUGUUCACAUACUGUGUCAGCAACUGGUAAAUUAUCCUUGUAAUUUUUAACAGUUAAUUUAUAAAUGCCUCAAGUGCAUUUAAAUAGCCAAUUACAAUCUGAUACGGAUUAGUAGCUAACAGUGGGUUUCACGCUGUUUAACAUCUAUCUGAAGAGAAAUGUACGUCAUAUAUUUUGUGCCAAAUUUCUUUUGGUUUGCUUUUUCAUACUGUGUGUAUGUGUGCUUGUGCAUUUGAGUGAUUUGGGGUAUUUUUUGUUUUUGUUUUCUCUUGUCUUAAUUUCUUUGGCUGAAGAUUUAAGUUUUAAUGCUAUUUUUUUUAUAGCUUUUUAAAACUUCAUCCAGUCAUUUUUAGGAAUCUUUUCAACAUUGUGGCUAUAUGGUAUAUUAUCGAAUGUCCAUCUGUCAGUCUCGGUCUUCAUUUAAUAACAAGCAUUUUACCGUGGUUUGUUACAUUUGCUAAUUUUUCCCAGAUCAGUAAAUCAUAACAAAAGUCACUGAAUGUUCCAAGCCAAGUUGUACAUGUUGACCACGCUAUACCCUCAACAUUUUGACUUAACCUGUCAAAGUUUUUAUUAUUUUAGAGGGGGUGUUACUAGCCAAGAGGCCAUUGCUGUUGAUUUAAUCUCUGAAUAUCAUACUUUUUUUUUAAAUUUAUCAUUUAUUGGACCAACACAUAGGUAAACCCAUAAAUUCAGAUCCUACUUCAAUUGGUAAGAUUCUGCACCAGCCCCAUUUGCAUUUGUACAGCUUCCAAUGUACAAAAAUCACCUGUACGCACAGCAAAUGUAUAUAUUUAUUGCUCAAGGAGGUGGUCACCUCUUGGUCUAUUUGGUUGUAUGGUGCAAUUAUAUAUUUCUCAAGACUUACCUGCUAGCCACUCCUGUUUUUAGUACGAUGUGGUUUGUGGCCUGAACCCCCUCUCUGUGUGCCUAAAAUUAGCCAAGAAAUGAGUAUGGCAACAUAAGUAAAUGGUGGUUAUUAUGUAAAUAUGGGAAACUAAUGACAAACUAUUUAUUAAAGGUUUAUUGUACAACAAAA